AUGCCAGCUACAUGCGUCGACCACGUCAGCGAGGGAGGACACGAACACCACGAGAAACGCAACACGUCAGGCAGCUCACGAGACCCGCUGGCACACCACGCGAGGAGUACAUACACCAAGCUAGCGCUCAUGAGGUUGGCUACAUCCGAGACCUCCACAGCAACCCGGUACUUCUACUUCAAAAAUACCAAGAUUACCGACACUGUGACCUCUGGUCUCGGCUGCCAGCGCGUCCUACAGGCGCUCGACGACAGCCUCUCGGGAGGGAUGAUGAAGAUUGUCGAUGGCACCGAGGGCACGAAACCGACGGCGGCAAUGGAAGCGUGGGAAGCGUGUUUGAGCGAAGGUGCCGUACGUCCCAGCGCGGGGGGCAUCCUGAACGCCAAUACCCUGCGGUAUGCCAACGGCCACUCCGACGGUGACGGCCGCGACGUCUGGAAUGAGCUGAGCGGGCUGGCGCGGUUAAAGGGGGGCGACGUGAAGGCCGCAACCGCGGGUGGGGCAACCCCGCGCGACUGGGCGGUAGGAAGCGGGCAAGGAGACGCUGUAGAAAUUUUUACGAACCCCAUGGCCAAGAGGGACGACCUGAGCGGUGACGGUGAUGUCACAUUGGGAAGGAUCCUGUACUUCGACCACGAGGGCAACCGACGCCCUGACGCCACCCCUGGCGCGGGCCCCGCGAUGGAGCUUGUCCUCCCGUACGAGUUCGUCACUUGUGGGUCUGGACGGUCCAAGGAAGCAGAUUCCGUCACACAGCACCCCACCUACUGGCUGCAGGGAGGGGUUAAGCAGGUUCCGUCAGACUACCUGAUUGAGGCCAUUCGCAGGCAUGUCAUGAUGUACCACCACCGCGCGGCGUCGAGCUUCGCCACUGGGGUCAGUCACACUCCAGCGUCCGACUCGUGCAGACAUCGCGAUGAUCACAAAGCUAGAGGGGGGGGGAGGUUUCGGAAGCACCACUACAGGCUAGCAGUGGCCAAUUCCUCCGGGCCACGGGACGCGUACAUGCUGAACGAGUGCAAGUGA